AUGGCGUCGACGAACGUGCGCGUCGCCGUGCGGUGCCGGCCGCUGUCGUCGAAGGAGACGACCAUGGGCGCGCGCACGGUCGUCAACGUGAACAAGGCCGACUGCUCCAUCAAGGUCGAGGGCGACGGGUCCGAGGACAGCAAGGAGCACAUGUUCACCUUCGACCACGUCUACGCGCCGGGCACGAACCAGAAGGACAUCUACGACGAGAUCGGCGCGCCCCUCAUCACCAAGGCGCUCGAGGGCUACAACGGCACGAUGUUCGCGUACGGGCAGACGGGCUCGGGCAAGACGUUCACGAUGAUGGGCGUGCCGAGCGACGGCGACCUCCAGGGCAUCAUCCCGCGGCUCACGGGCGACCUCUUCGGCCGCGCCGCGGGCGCGCCGGGCGAGGUGCGCUUCAUGAUCACCGUGAGCUACCUCGAGAUCUACAACGAGGUCAUCCACGACCUGCUCAACCCGACGUCGGGCGACAACCUGAAGAUCCGCGAGCACCCGGACCUGGGCAUCUACGUCGAGCCGCUCUGCGAGCUGUCCGUGAAGAACCCCGACGACAUCUUCCGGCUCCUGGACCAGGGGAACAAGGUGCGGCGCGUGGCGUCGACGCAGAUGAACGAGCGGAGCUCGCGGUCCCACAGCGUCUUCACCGUGAAGAUCCAGCAGAAGACGGCCGUCGAGGAGGACGGCGUCCGCCGCGAGACCGCGCUCGCGUCCAAGCUCAACCUCGUCGACCUCGCGGGCAGCGAGCGCGCGUCGAAGACGGGCGCCGAGGGGUCCACGCUCAAGGAGGGCGCGGCCAUCAACCAGAGCCUCAUGGCUUUGGGCGGCGUCAUCAACGCGCUCAGCGAGGGCGCGCCGUUCGUGCCCUACCGCAACUCGAAACUGACGCGCCUCCUCCAGGAGUCGCUGGGCGGCAACGCGGCGACGAUCAUGGUCGCCAACUGCUCGCCGGCGGACUACAACGCGGAGGAGACCACGGGCACGCUGCGCUACGCGUCGCGCGCGAAGAAGAUCCAGAACAAGGUCACGCGGAACGAGGACGUCCACGAGAAGGUCAUCCGCGAGCUCCAGGAGGAGAUCGAUAGAUUGCGGGCGGCGCUCGAGGCCGGCGGCGGCGGCGAGGGCGGUGCAGGCGACCUGAGCGAGGCCCAGGAGCGCGAGCUCCAGGAG